AUGGACAAUCCAACCUCAUCUGAUUUUCCCUUCGCCAGAUCCACCGCCGUCAAGCUGACUCACCACGGCAGCGGCGACGACGACCAGCCUUUGCUCCCUGGUCUGCCCGACCACAUUGCCCACCUAUGCCUCUCCCUCGUCCCACCGUCGGUCCUAUACUCCGUUUGCCGCUCUUGGCGCCGUCUCAUCUACUCCCAAUCCUUCCCCCCAUUUCUCUCCCUCUACGCCGUCGCCUUUCCCUCUGUCGCCGCCAGCCCGCCGGACACCCUCCCAGACCCCAUUGAAUUCCGAUCCUUCGACCCCAUCUCCCGCCGCUGGAGCCACCUCCCCCCGCCCCCCUCCGACCCCGACCCGCCACGAUUUCUCUUCCGCCACCCGUCCUUCAUCUGCCGCGACAUGCCCGUCCAGUCCGUUUCCGCCGCCGGGACUCUCGUCGUCCUCGCCGCCACCGACGACCUUUUCCUCCCCGCCCUCCCCAUUCCCCUCGUCUUCGAUCCCCUCGCCGGCUCCUGGUGCUGCGGCCCGCGGAUUCCCGCGCCCCGCCGCUGGUGCGUCGCCGGAUCCGCCGGCGGCGCCGUCUACGUCGCCGGAGGGCCAUCGGUCCCGACCCUCCGCCACCAAACCUCCAUAGACACAGCUCCAGCGGACCCCAUCUGUAUCAGUAGUCAACCAGACAACAUCAAUUUACCGUCGCCGUCACCGGUCACAGCAUCCGGCACAUGCUUCAACUCAGUCAUGUCCGACGACUCUAGCUCCUCUAGACCCCACAGUCGUCGUCGUAAGAUCGGGAGACGCCGCUGA